AUGUAUGUGAAAUGGUUUGAUACAGGAAUGUUUUACUAUGUGAUUUUAGUGUAUUUAGUGAAUGUCACUUUUUGUCAUUUUUAAAUUUCCCGCCGUUCCGUCCCCCCGUACGUUCCGACGUCGCAAGGAACGGAACACGGAAGACGGAUGCCGGCAUCCGCUGGAGGAGAUGGGCGAGGACACUGCAGGGGGACAUCGCGGGAGCGCAGGACAAGGUAAGAGAAGAAGAGAUCCCGGAGCAACGCUGCAGUGUAUUCCCGAGUGUAGCUCAGCGUUACCACUUGUGGUACACUCGGGAAUACCGCCAGGGAGGUUA